AUGAGUAAAGAUGAGCAAAUCGAAUAUUAUCGGUUCAAAAUCAAUGAACACUUGUCCGACGGCCACAAACAAUCAUUAUCCACGUGGCAAGUGCAAAAAUCGAACGGAAAAUCGAUAAUAUCACACGUGGCUGAGGUGCGUGCGGACGCCGGCGCUGGAAAAUGAGAGAAGAGCGGCGUGGCGAGACCCAAAAAACAAUACGUGAGAAGGUUUUUUUUCCGAACACAGUGUCGGCGACGGAUUCGACGCGAAAUUGCGGACCGCCGAUGCACCAUGUGGAAGCGAGAGAGACAGGGAGAGAGAGAGAGAGACAAGGAGAAAGUAACAAUAUUUGGAACUGACUCACUCCGUCACCACUUUUUCCGUUUUAAAAAUGAAAAAGUGUGCGGACAAACGUGUAGAAAAGGAAAUAAAGAAAGAAUGAAAGAAACGGACAGACUUUUCGUUCCUUGCUCAAAAUAUUACUCACUUACUUACUAUUAGUUACAUGAUGAUGCACAGCAGUGUUGAGCGGAAUUCCGUCUUCCGUCUUCCGUCUUCCGGGAUUUUUUCUUCUUACCGUAAAAGAGUGAAAGCUUUUCAGAAGCCAUUUACUAGCCCCGAAGAACGCGAAUUUCCACGGGCAAUGACCCAGACCCAAAAUUUUUUUUGUUUAGUUAUUUUUUUCAAAAAAAAAAACCGGAGAAAAGGUUCUGCAUUGACGAUUUUUUUGUUCCGUCUUCCGUUUUCCGUGUUCCGUAAAAAAAAUUUCUUCCGUCUUCCGUUUUCCGUGUUCCGUAAAAAAAAUUUCUUCCGUCUUCCGUCUUCCGGAUUUCAAAAUUCCAUUUCCGCUCAACUCUGUUCCAGCCCGGAUUUGAACCCGAUUGACUUCGCAGUGUGCGGAUAUUUGACACAACUGGGUUCCACAAAAAACUGUUCAAGUUUGGGAUCCCUGAAGGUUGCUCUGAAGAAGGCGUGGGAUGAUCUUGACGUCAACUACCUCCGAGCCUCGUAUCCGAAGAGACUGAUGGCUGUUAUCAAAGCGAAAGGAGGACGGUUCGAAAAUUGUUAAUGCAAUACUUUUUGUUAUUGUUUAAUAAACAUCUUGGUAGAGUUUCGGAAAAUAAGCUUGCGAUUUGAACUUUUUAUGCCGUUUUGAAUUCGGCGCUAUAUUUAUUUUUUUUCUAGAGUCCCUAUCGAUUUUUGAACGUUUUGGUGUCUUUUGAUGCCUAAUCUUGUUUUUACUGAUCAAAUCAGGCAUUUCGGAUUUUAGAAAAAUAGUACAAAAGUAAUAGAUUCGAGAAAAAUUACUUUUAUCACAAAAAAAAAGUAAAAAACCGCCGUCCUGAUCAGACGCCGCUCUCAUUCUGUUGUAAAUUCUAAAUCCGAGCGCAAGCUUCACCUUAAAAAUAUCAAAAAACGUCUCUGAAUGAUAUUUGGUUUUUGCGUUUUUUUUUUCCAUUUCGACUAAUAUUUCGCCAUCUCUGCAAAAUCCGCACAUAAUUCGAACAACCAGAUAUCCAUUUUCGGCUCCGCCUCUUUUUUUUUCGAACAAAACAUGUGUGUGUGUGUGUGUGAAACACGCAUUAGUCAUUCGCUGAUCAAACGGUUUUGUUUACAAAACCGUUCGGUUUUUGGUGUUCUAACACCUUUUUUUUCCGGGUACGCGAGGGGGAUUUGGAAGAAACAUUUGAAUAAUCCUGUUUGCUACCUAUUUUGUUUUGCAAUUUUUGCAAGUUUCAAUAUAAAAAUGCUUGCAAACCGUUCGGAAUUUGCAUUUCUCUUUUUCGCCGCGAAAUUUGACCGAAAAAAUGUCCAGCGCUUUUUAUCAAUAGAGCGCACUUGCAUAAUUCGGAAUUUUCCCAUACUUCUCGCGAUUCCCAACCGUUUUCUCAAGUUUGUGGCCCCGAAAAAGGUUCUCAAAGUGUUGGCGCGCGCGCGCGCGAGAAAUAAUAAUAAUAACGUGGAUGAGGUCGCCUUGGCCUCGUUUUCUUCCAUACAAUUCUCCCUCCCAUUCCGUCGGUUUCGUCUCAAGAGUGAGUUUUGUACCCGUUUCGGACAGGAUUGUCUUGUUUGUCCGGAAAAUUCUUUUUUCUUACGAAACACAUGCUUUGUAGGCUUUUUGAGUACAUUUUUAGCGUUUAUUUUUGUCUAAAAACGCCCAGAAAACGAGGGCUGAGCAAUUGGCCGGCCCUUGUCCCCUACUUUUGCCUCACUUGCAAUAUUCCGAUCGGACCCCAGCUUUGCAGACUUCUCUAACUUGGAUUGAAAGCCAUUGGGACCAAGUUUCAGCCCAAUCAGAUUAUUUACUCUCGAGAUAUAAUGCUUGAGGACCGAUUUUGGGAUAUGCUAGCAUAAAUUGGUGAAAUUUAUCACUGCGCACAUUUGGGCUCAAAACAUUUAGGCUCAAAAAAGAUUUCUUCAUAGAGAACUAAAAGAGUUGAAUCGAUUUUCAAGUUUUGUGCUGAAAACGCUCGAAUUUCGGGCGUCGUUUUUGCAAGUGGCUGCGCAGCGGCUCAGUCGUCGUAUUUGGACCGCCGUGGUGUGGGCUCAGAAAUAAUCUUAGUUUUCCGAUUUUCUAAUCUUUUCCAGCAUUUUCGUCAUUUUUACGUAGCAAGAAGCCCUAAAAUAGCCUAUCAUAUUCGUCUGCUUACGUAUUAUAGGGGCACCGGACAGAAAGGGCGCGCUGUUAGCAAUCUGGCCGAAUUUCUAGGCCGCGCAGUAAUUUUCCACUGAAAAUGUGGCCUAACUUUUCAAACUCGGUCCCGAGGUCGCUCAAUUUGCACUGCAAAAAGAGUUUCCCAGCAGAGCGCCAUUUCUGUGCGGUGCCCCUAUAAUAAUUCUCUUCAUUUUCCCUUUUUUAUUCUCCCUUGCUCAAAAAUCGAUUUUUCACUGAAAAAACCUGUAAAAAAUCGUGUUCUACCGGUUAGUUUACCAGCUUUUCGAGCAAACUAAUAACUUGAAUUGAAAAAACUCAGUUUCCCCUCCGUUUCCGUGCUCAUUUCUCUGCUUUUUGUCUGCUGCGUCUCGCCGUCUGCGUCUCUCGCCCUCUCCGUACUCUCUCGUCGUCUUCCGUCUCGGGUUCCCCCACACCAAAAAAUCUCCCGUUUUUCCGGCCCAAAUUGAUUUUCUUCCAAGUUUUUUGAGAAAAAGCCUUAACUUUAACGUUCAAAAAAUGUAUUUUUCCUCGUUUUUCAGACCGAUCUCAAUGACAAUAUCCACACAUAAUCUUCUAUUUAUUGUUUUAUUAGUAUCAUGCAUUUCCAGCUUUGUGAGUUUCUUUCUUAUUUUAUAAAAAAUUGCAGGGCUCGGCCUGGACUUUUGACCCACUUGCAAUUAUCCGAUCGGGCCCAAACUUUGCAGGCUUCUCGGACACGGACCAAGUUUCAGACCGAUUUUGCAAAAACCCGGCCUUCUCGGCCUAUGAUCCACGGAUCGGUCUGAAACUUGGACCCAACAUACUUCCAACCGAGUCCAAGAAGCCUGCAAAGUGCGUCAAAAGUCCAGGCCUCAAACGUUUUUCUACUCAAUCUCCUUGUAGACAUCAGCCGACGGACGUGCUCCGUUCCGUACCAGUUACGUGUUCAUGACGGCGGAGAAUCGGAAAACGAACGAAAAAGUGCAAACUUGUGUGAAUUAUCAGCAAUUCCACCUGGCGAACACUCCAAAGUCGAUUGUUGCGGAGAGUUAUGAGACUGCCGAGCCACGUCAUCUCAAAUACUGGAGUGGUCAGUCAUUUUCUGACUUUUCCACCGAAACAUCUCGAUCUUUUUGCAGAACUGUCUCGCUCGACACGGCUGUGCCCGUUGCCCGAUUCGACGCAUUCAUUGCUCGAUUCGGACCGCUCCAAUGACGUGGUUCCGAUGGAUUACCGAAUUGACGGCGGCGAUUUAUGUUCCCAUCAGUUCACGCACAACGACACGGCCUUCCGAAAAGCCGCACAGGCUACGGUACUCUUUUUUUUGUUGUUGUCUCAUUUUUAAAUUAUCCAUCAUAUUUUGCAGGUGAACGCAGUGAAAAAGUACCUGAACGCCUCGACGGCCCUUCUGAUAAUGGACAAAAAGCGGCGAUUUGUGCAGGGAUGGAGCGACUACCUUUUUGCGGAUUUCUACGAUCCGAACAUGGAUAACAUCAACUCGAUACCCACUUUUUACAUGUAUCGCACAGAAUUCGACAAGAUUUCGGUAUAAGUUUGUAAUGAAAUUAAUGAGAAAAAUGGCGAUUUUUUGCAGCAAUUGGCCACCCUGGACGAGAUGAACCGAGACGGACUCGAAAUUCGUUUUUUCCGCCCACGCGGACCGCCGUUCGACUAUUCGAUCGUCGCGAUCUGGCUGAUUGCGAUGACGUGCGUCACCGUCGGAGGAUUCUGGGCAAACCAUCGAAUGAGGUACGUUUUUUUAAAAGAGUUUUUCAAAUGUUCUUCGUGUGAAAUUAAUCUAUAAAUUCAACGACAUGCCAUGGGCAAUCAAUAAACGAAAAUUGACUUUGCAAAACAUACAACGUACAAUAAAAUCAUACAAUGUAUGAAACUGUAAAAGACUUUUCGAAUGCUUUUUGAGGCCGCUCCGAUCGGGCCCACACUUUGCAGGCUUGGUCUCAGACCGAUCGGACUAUCUGGUUUGAGGCCGAUAAGGCCGGGCCUUUUCGGCGUCUGAUCCACAUAUCUCGGGACCGUAUCGGCCUGAAACUCGGAGCCAGCACACUUCAAUCCAAGUCCAAGAAGCCUGCAAAGUUUGGGCCCGAUCGGAUUCUUGCAAGUGAGCCAAAAGUCCAGCCUUCUGCCGAGCCCUGACAAACUUUCGCUAUUUUAACCGUUUUUUUAGAAACGGAAAGGACCUGCACGCCCUUCUGGCUCUGAAUCGUGACCAAUCGGAAACGGAACGAGAAGGAGAAGACGCUUCCCCGUCGUUUGCCACAAAACACGCGAAUGCGAUCAGCAUUGUCAUGAUGAUGGUGGCGCUCUGUGCCGUUCUCAUGCUCGGCUAUUUUUUCCGGCCCGUGUUGGGUAGGUUUCUUGGAGAAAUUAUCAGAAAUUGAGUGAAUUGGCGAAGAAAUGCAUGGAACAUGCACAACUAUCCCACUUGAAUUGAACAAUUCUUUAACAGUUUCUUAAAACUAAAAACACAUCAGAAGUGUCAAAAAAAUGUGUAAUUUAGGAAACCGUUUUCUCUAAAAGCAAAAUGACGAGCCCGAAUUAGGCCGAUCUUCGAGAGGCAUUGUUUAAAAAACGGUUUUUUUUGUUUGCAGUCUUCAUUUUCAACAUUCUGCUCGUUUUCUUCGGCGCCGCCAGUAUUAACGGCUGCAUUCGCGGAUUCCUCUCGAAUUUUUCAUUUUCGGAGCACAGAUGGUACAAUGCGAAAAUCGAGUGGCUUCCCACUUUUGGAGGUUUGUUUUUUGGAAAAUUUCAUUCGAAACAAUUUGGAGAAACUAUGCCUAUACGAUUUGAAAUUUUUGACGCAACACUACGAACAAAUUCAGCCAGGAAUACCGAUUGAAACAGAAAAAAUUUGGGGCCGAAGGAAAUUCCAUUUGCGCGGUAGAAGAGAAAGGCGCAGACGGUAGACAGUUAAAGGCGCAUAGAUUUUUGGGCGAAAAGCUAUGCUCGGUUCGAAAAGAGAUGAUUUGCAGGCAAACACGAGUACACGUACACCUCUGCCGCGACCGUCCUCUUCUCCCUGUCCGUCUGCACAACGUGGUUCUUCCUCCGCCGAAAUCCGUACGCAUUCGUGCUCCUCGACCUCAUCAACAUGGCGCUCUGCGUGCACGUGCUCAAAUGUCUCCGUCUGCCGUCGCUCAAAUGGAUUUCCAUUCUAAUGCUGUGCAUGUUCCUCUACGACGCCUUCAUGGUCUUCGGAACCGCCCAAUUCACGUCGAACGGAUGCUCGGUCAUGCUGGAAGUGGCCACCGGAACGAGCAACUGCAAAACGGAUCGGAACGGUCAGAAAGCGGUCGGCGAGAAUGGGUAUCCGGUGCCGCCCGUCGAGUUUCCCUCUCCCGAAAAGGUACGGAACAGGGGUCUCUGAUUGGAUUAUCGAUUUUCAAAACAAAAGUUUGCAGUUUCCGAUGCUGUUCCAAGUGCCGCAUUGGGAUCCGAUGAACGAGUGUUUGGACUUUGACGUGGAUUUGGGAUUUCAGACAACAAUUCUCGGCUUGGGCGAUAUUGUGAUGCCGGGUAAGGUUUACGAAAAAAAUGCACUUUUAUAACGAUAUACUCUCAGGCUACCUGGUGGCGCACUGUUUCACAAUGCACGGCUUCUCGGAGGGCGCCCGAAUCCUGUACGGAACCAUCUCGAUCGGCGGCUACGGAAUCGGCCUCAUCGUCACCUUCAUCGCCCUUUCUCUGAUGGGAAUCGCCCAACCGGCACUCAUUUAUCUCGUCCCCUGCACCCUGCUGCCCAUUAUUCUCCUCUCGAUUUGUCGGGGAGAAUUCCGGAAGAUUUGGGACGGAGAAGUCAUGGAAACGGAGCACGAGCGAAGCCGGAAGGAAAUGCUGAGAAAGGUGACAAUUCGACGAAAUUUGAACAUUUUUCAUCAACAUUUUUCAGAUAAGCUCCGAGAGCCCCACCUCUUCGCAGGAAGGAGACGAGACGCCGCAAAAUCCGUUUUCCCAUUCAACCACUAAUGGCCCCGCUAACGUCUAA